ACCUCACAGGUUUGUCUUUAGGAACUUCAUCAUCUUCAUCAUCUUCAUUAUAAGGGUUCACGUGCGCAGAUGAACAGCAUAUAGCCUACGCAGCGCCAGUGGGACUGGCAGCGCGUGCACACGCCUCCUCUCCGCGUGCACCAACUUUUUAUUCACCUUUUAAUGACAGGCGUACAUUCACCUGUUUCUACCCCAGGGACAACCUUUAUUAACAAUGCAGGCAGACAUUCCGGCUGUAGAUACUGCAUAUGGACUAAUCAACUUUUGGAGCAGCGUCGGUGAAAGCGCGCGCGCUGUGCGUUUAUUUUUCUUUUCCCUGGUGCAGCUGGAGCUCCGGAUGAUGGCGAUGGAUAAUUAAUGACUAAUUACGCGCUUGUGUUGUUACAUGAUGAUGAUAGGACAUGCAGGAUGCUCCUUUUCUAUUUGUUUGCAUGAGUGAAGCGUCCUGAUCACCUGGUUUAUUGGGAUUUCCUUUGAUUUUCCUAGUGGAUCUUUGCAAAAUAGACAAAACAUGAAUUUUUCAAGCAUUUAUGCCAAAUUUGGACACCUCCUUCCGACCAACUUUUCUUUCUUAAGGCAGGACCAUAAUGGGAGUAUCAUUCAUGAUACAGUGCCUUUUGCUGCAGACUUUCUUUUUGCAGGACAUGAACCUGGCACAAUUGUCCUGAUGGUCAUGUAUUUGGUGUCGUUUCUGAUAGGAUUUGUGGGGAACAUUAUGGCGCUCUUGGUCCUGACUCGAAGAAGGAACAGACUAGCUGGUGCCUCUACUACCAGAAAGCUGCUGAUAAACUUGGCUGUUUGUGAUAUGAUGGUGGUGUUUGUGUGUAUGCCUGUGAACUUGGGUCACCAGGUGUACAAUGCUUGGGUGUUUGGGGACUUUUUGUGUCGUACCGUGCCGUUCGUUCAGGCCGUGUCUGUGUCUGCGAGUGUCUUGAGCCUUGCUGUUAUAAGCUUAAACCGAUACUACAACGUUCACAGUCCGCUACGUGCACGAUCCUUCUUCACUGGUAGGAAGAUUGGUGCGAUGAUAGCCAUGGUCUGGAUGGUGUCGUCCAGCCUGUGUGCUCCGUUGGUCUUUACAAAUGAGACCAAGAUGCUUUCCUUGACAACGGAUGGCUCACAUGUGAUAACGGUGUGUGUCGAGGCCUGGUCUAAAGUACGACUACGCCUAGGCUACAACUUUUUACUUUUCUGUGCUCUGUAUGGAUUUCCAGUUCUUUUCAACCUCAUCAUAUGUUUUCUAACUACCUGGAAAUUGUGGAGAACUGAUGAUCAGUUUAGUGCAGUUGCCAUGUCAAGCUCAACUCGGUCAGCUGGAUGGCAAAAGACGCGCAAGAAAAUAGCCAAGAUGGUGCUAGCCCUGGUGGUGCUUUUUACCCUCUCCUGGCUUCCUCUCUAUGUAGUGGAUAUCUGGAUUGACUUUAACAUGCCAGAGCCUCUGGACAAAGAAGUUCCCAGCCACAUUGAGCACAGUUGGGUGUUGCAGAGCCGACCUUUCGCGCAGUGGCUUGGCCUCACCAACUCAGCGCUCAACCCGCUAUGCUAUUGCUUUGUUGGCGACUUGUACAGGUCUGCAAAAAGGUUCAGAAGGAGCUACAGAGAGAAAAUGGCGUCUGUUUUUAAUACAUCUCAGAGACAAUCGUCCUCUGUGAACUCUGCCUUCAAACUUCAGUCUUGUUCAUCAUCCACUAAAUACAGCACAGGAAAGCAGAGAUGGACAAAACGCUACAUUUUCAGGAACAGAUUAAACAGAAGUAGAAGCAUAUCUACCAUAAGUGCAUGUGAGACUGUAUUUGGUUGAUGGAUAUACACCUGAAUGCACAAAAACCCUGCAGUGUUCAGUAUUGAAAUCACUGUUGUUUCACUGAACUUUCUUUAAUUCUUAUUGCAGUGUUGUCUUUUCAGAAAUAUACAAAUGAGCACUGUAACAAACCACAGUUCGAGAAAAAAAUCUCUGAACUGGAAGCCAUAGUUCAAUAUUGUAAGUGAGUUUAUUUCAUUUAUAUAAAAAUAAUCAUGUAUUUUUUUUUUUUUAAUUUUGCUGGGCAUGUUCAUUUGUAAGGGAGUCAAAUUGAGUCUAGUAGGAGUUUAUUGUCAUUUCUCUAUGACGGUUAUAUACAUCAGGACACAAUGUUCCUCGGAAACAUGAUGCAGCACAGUGGCACAGAACACAGGACUGCAGUACACAAACUGCGAAUUUAUGACAGUAUGAGCUGAGUAUAGGCAAUGCAAUAAGACUGUGCCUAUAGAAUAACAUAAAAGAAAAAUGUUAUCAGCGUCAACGUUUUUUGAAUUUUACUUGUGCAAUAUUAUUCAGGUGUUGAGACAGAUGUAACCGUGUACCUAAAUGGAUGUAAAUUGCUACUGGCUUGAAUAUUGUGUCUGUGAAAAGCAGCUUUUUAGUCUUUCUGCAAUUAUUUCAGCUUGAAUAGAAUGACUGAAAGGUUGUUUUUAGGAACAUUGAUCUAAAUUCCUUUUAGCUAUUGUGUUUAUCUAUGAAUGUUCAUUAAAAAUCAUUACGGGACAAAACACAAAAUUACUGCAUUGUACAAAGCAUAAUGAAUUCUUUAUGUAUCUUCCAAUUAGGAAUUAUUAUAGAAUUAUUAUAGAAUGUGCAUCACAAAGGAUGCUGUCUGCUUCAAAACUGUUUCAAGAUGAAUUGCUAUUGAUUUUCUAUAUAUUUUCUAUAGCAUACAGUUUAGAUUCUAUCUACUAAAGUGGCUUUGGAGUUUUUCUUCACUACCAAGUGAAUUGUUCUUGACUGGCUGUUCCAGAUAUACAUAUUAAGCAGUGUUUAACUUCCUGAGACAGUAGAGCUUUACAUAUGUCAAACCUCCCUGAUCUAACAUUAUUUUAUAUUAAAAAAACAUGAACUACAGCAUUAAUAAACCAUAAAUAAUGCUUAGAAAUUCAUAACGUAUGCAUUAUUGAUGUUGAUUAAAUGUU